UUCAAUUCCCACACCAAACUAACUCCAAAAUCUCCAUCUACCUCUGGCAAUGGAUCUCCUUGUACUGGAGAAAACUCUUUUAGGUCUCUUCGCCGCCGUCAUCGUCGCCAUUGUCGUUUCUAAAUUACGCGGCAAGCGCUUUAAGCUUCCUCCGGGUCCUUUACCCAUACCCGUCUUUGGUAAUUGGCUUCAAGUCGGCGAUGACUUAAACCAUCGUAAUCUCACCGAUCUCGCUAAAAAAUUCGGCGACAUAUUUUUGCUCCGUAUGGGACAACGGAAUCUUGUCGUUGUCUCUUCGCCGGACUUAGCUAAAGAGGUUUUACAUACUCAAGGUGUUGAAUUUGGAUCCCGAACUCGAAAUGUCGUUUUUGAUAUCUUUACCGGUAAAGGACAGGAUAUGGUGUUUACCGUUUACGGUGAACACUGGAGGAAGAUGAGGAGGAUCAUGACGGUUCCGUUUUUUACUAAUAAGGUGGUUCAACAGUAUAGAUAUGGAUGGGAAGAUGAGGCGGGGAAGGUGGUGGAGGAUGUUAAGAAGAAUCCACAAGCUGCCACUACCGGUAUUGUGUUAAGACGGCGAUUGCAGUUGAUGAUGUACAAUAAUAUGUAUAGAAUCAUGUUUGACAGGAGAUUUGAAAGUGAAGACGAUCCUUUGUUUGUUAAGCUUAAGGCUUUGAAUGGAGAGAGAAGUAGAUUGGCUCAAAGCUUUGAGUAUAACUAUGGUGAUUUUAUUCCUAUUUUGAGACCCUUUUUGAGAGGUUACUUGAAGAUCUGUAAAGAAGUGAAGGAGAGAAGGUUGCAGCUCUUCAAGGACUUCUUCGUCGAGGAAAGGAAGAAGCUUUCAAGCACCAAGAGCAUGAACAAUGAAGGGUUGAAAUGCGCAAUAGAUCAUAUUUUGGACGCACAGCAGAAGGGAGAGAUCAAUGAAGACAACGUUCUUUACAUUGUAGAGAAUAUCAACGUUGCUGCAAUUGAAACAACACUGUGGUCAAUUGAGUGGGGAAUUGCCGAGCUUGUAAACCAUCCUGAAAUCCAAAAGAAGCUGAGGAAUGAAUUAGACACAGUACUUGGACCUGGUCACCAAAUCACCGAACCUGACACACACAAACUCCCCUAUCUUCAGGCUGUCGUCAAAGAAACUCUCCGUCUCAGGAUGGCCAUUCCUCUUCUUGUUCCUCACAUGAAUCUCCACGAAGCUAAGCUUGCCGGAUAUGACAUUCCUGCUGAAAGCAAAAUUUUAGUUAAUGCUUGGUGGCUUGCUAACAAUCCUGCUAAUUGGAAAAAUCCUGAAGAGUUCAGGCCAGAAAGGUUCUUGGAAGAGGAGUCAAAGGUUGAGGCUAAUGGAAACGAUUUCAGAUACCUUCCUUUCGGGGUCGGAAGAAGGAGCUGCCCUGGAAUUAUUCUUGCAUUGCCAAUUCUUGGAAUUACCUUGGGGCGUUUGGUACAGAACUUUGAGCUAUUGCCACCUCCUGGACAGUCAAAGCUCGAUACUACAGAGAAAGGUGGCCAAUUCAGUUUGCAUAUAUUGAACCAUUCCACCAUAGUUGCAAAGCCAAGGUCAUUCUAAUUUUCGUUACUCUAAGUUUGCUUCAAGGGAGAAAAGAAUGGGAAAUGAUUUUGAAUAUAAUGGGUUGAUUAGAGAUGAGAUUUGGCUGAUAUAUUCUGAUAUAUCUGGUCUGUUGUGUGACAAUGUAAAUCUAUGAACUUCAAAACUGUUCCAAGACUCCAAUAAUUAUGUAAUAUUUUCUUUUCCACUAA